AUGUAUUCGAAUCUAAAGGUAUCGUAUAUAAAUGUUGGUGAAACUGCUCAUGGACAAGAAAUCUUCCUCCGAGUUCGAACUUUUAGUUUUAGUGGUGCCAACAGUCCACAUAUGGUCGGCCAUGAUCUAGAUUUGAACAAAUGGUUUUCGUUCGUUAUCAAUGAACAUGGAGAAAUCCAAGAUGUUUUUUAUGAUAAAAAUGAAGAAGAUGAAAUUGUUGCUAUCAAGAAAGGAAUGGCGGCCAUGUUUGCUGGAAAACUACAUGACGAAGAUGAGAAUUUGAUGGAGAAGACUCCCGAAGGUUGGAGGUAUCAUGUACAGGAAGUUGGUCAUGAAGGUCAGCACAAUGCCACAUAUAACGUAGAGCCCCAUUCCGAUGGAAAGAAAUUCACCAAGACAAAAAACGAACAUCCAUUGGCUCAUGCUAAAGCUCAGUACACCAAGACCCUAUAUUUUAACUCUGAACUGGGUACUAUACAUACUGUGCAUGUUGAUGAGAAAUUCUCAGCUAUGAAACAAACUGUACCAGGCUAUGAACCUUUUGAAGGCCAACGACCCACCAAGCCCUCAAAUGAUUUCUCUGAUAUAGAAUAUCCCGAGAUGAAAGCUAUGGGUAAAGGAAAAUUAGAAUUUCUAUCACAACAUAAGAUUUCUGAUAAACCAUCACGAAGUUCACUACAAACAGUACAAGAUAGUAUUCAUAUUAAAACAGUUAAAGCCAAGCCAAUACGAAGCCACGAACCAGAAAAGAUCUUGGAACAAAUUCGUGCCAAUUUAACCAUCAUGAGAAAUCAACCUGAUGAGUCUGCCACCCAGGAGAUGACCAACUGUUUCCAUCAUUUAAUGACAUGUCUGAAUCUAUUGGAUGAUGAUAAUUUUGAGAAGCUUCUAUCACAUUAUCUGGCUUUAAAUCCUCUAUCCAGAAGAAACGAAAAAGACAGAAACCACAUUCUAGAUGCUGCCAUGGGAACAGAUACAGAACGGGCUCAUGAUAUUAUUACAGAGAAAGUUUUAGAUACAAACAAACCAGAUGUUAAAUUGAUCAUGAGAUUGAUGGUACACAUUAUAUCAAGCGACGAGGUUCCCAGUCAGAAACUUUUAACCCGAUUAUUUGAGCUGGCUUUUGAAAAAAAUAAAUCACAAGCUGUUCUACAUAAAGGUGAUGUUUACCAUAGAAUUCUGCUGACGGUUGGUUCUGUUUCCCGAAAACUCCAUCAAUCUGGUCGAUCACAAGAAGCAGCUGAUGCCAUUUCUAAAAUAGAGAAAAUGAUUGGAUACCAUGAUCCUUACAUGUAUCGUAAGAAAAGAUCCAUUAUGAAAGAGGAACAGAUCCUAGCUGAAGAUUCAUUAAAAGUUAAUUUACUUGGAGCUCUUGGUAACGCCAGAUUAGAUCAAUCUUAUGAAUAUAUCGUAUCCCAUAUCAACACUACCAACUGUCAAUGGGUAAAACGUGCUGGUAUCACAGCUCUGAGAGGCUACCAUCAUGAUCAUGCUGCUAAUUUAAUGUUGAAUACAGCUAAGUAUGAUGGUGAUGAUACAGUAAGAUACGAGGCUUUGCUUCAAUACCAGGCUCAUCCUAGAGCUAAAAAGCUGACUCCAUACAUUCCACCUGUAGCAAGGAAUAGUUCUUAUAAUGAAUCAUCAAUCUAUUUCAAUCCUUGGGAUCUGGACUCACAAGAAGCUUCUAUCCAUUCCCGACACAGACGUAGUUUUAUUGACGAAGGUUUUACCUUCAUUCUGCAAUCGCCAUCUGUUGAUUUUAAGAAGAUGUUAGGUUCGACCAAAAUUGGUGCAUCUUUUGGAGUGUUGAUGAAGAAUUUACUGGAUUUGAAAAUUUCUGCUCUGAGUGGUCAUGCUAUCGUAGACGUUCAUGAUGAAGCUUAUGCUAGAGUCCAUCUAGGAGUUGUUGGAGUCAAUUUGGAUUUCUUUCUUGCUCGAGUUUGUUUUAAGGGAAACGCUGAGUACAAUCUGAAUUUACUACAGGAAUUUGGUAUAGAUAAUCUAAAAGACUUGGUCAAACUUUAUGAUAAAAUAAAAAAUGAGGUUGUUGGCGAGAUCAAGAAAGGAAUAGAUUUAUUUAAAAAGAUUAUCCGGGGUGAUAUCUCAAUCGGCCAAAUCUUGGAGGAAUUUAAGCAAGCCUUAGAACAACUACCUGAGAAGGUUGUGAAGCUUGGAAAGAGAGCUAUAGAAAUUAUGAAGAGAUUAGGAGAAAUAGAUGAAAGCGAGUUACCGCCCUUUAUCAGAUCAAUCCGCAAGCUGGUGACGAAAGUCGUUACAAUUUAUAACGACGUUAGAAAAGACGUAAUGGGGUUUUAUAAUAAACUACUGGAAACUAUCACGAUUGUUAUACCGAGAGCAGGAAAACAGAUAUAUGCCGCGAUCAAGGCUAUUAUUGAGGCUUUUAAAGAUUUUAAAAAUGAUCCGAAGAAGGCAAUUUCAACUGUCGGUGGAAAUGUUCUCAAUGUUGGACUAGAAGUAAAGAACCUGAUUGAUGCCGUCAACAAAACAAAAGAUGCCUGUUUCUUUCUGAAAAAAGAGAAACCAUAUUGGUUUAACUUAAAGAAACAAUACCAGGAAAUAAAGGAUUUGACUAAACAAGUUAAAAUUGAUAUGACCUCCGGAAGUAGAAACUGGAUACAACAAAAAUUCGUCGGCAAGGAUCCAGUGGCUGAAUUAACCAAUGGGAAAUACUCAAUGGCCGAGCUGAGACAGGAGGUGAUUGAUGAACUAAAAUCUAUCCUGGACGAUCUUCUGGAACCAUUUGAUGGUAUUAGAAACCUUGGUGGUGAAUUCUUUGAAAGAUUCAUGGGUGUUUUCAAAUUGGUAGAUACUAUUAAAACAUCGUAUAAUACAUUGAAAGAGGGAUAUCGUACAGCUAGAUCGUUGAUUGAUCGGGUAUUCGGACCCAAAUGUCAUAAAGAUUUCCCAAGGAAGUAUCGAAUUAAAGGCGGUGGAUGUGACGGCUCGGGUUUCUAUGUAUCUGAACUAAAGAAAGGUGGAGUUGCUGAAUAUCCAAUUGAUGGUGUUGAUGUUGUAGCUUCCAGAGGAUCUAAGCUUGUGGCACCAUUUCCGGGAAAUAUUCGUCGUUCAACCAGAUCUAAUGAAGUCAUUAUCGCAACAACUGGUGGAUCAUUGAAAGACACAGAAAUAAUCAUCACUAAUGUUGAACCUAAUUCUACCAUACCAUCUGAGAAUGAUGUUCCAUUGCAGGUUCAUGCUGGCCAAAUUAUUGGUAAAGUCACCUCAACGCCUUGUAGUGCGGUGGAUUUUAUUCAUUUUGCUAUGAGGAAAACCACAGAUGGCGGAAUCAUCGACCCAACCAGAUAUCUUGAAGCUCGUGUACCAAAUUUACCAAAAUGGGUCCAAGAGUGUGAUGAUUACAGACUUAUAUGGAAGUUUGAUUUAAUCGCCGAGGGAAGUAUACUGGGACCUAAUGGUAAGGAAAAUGUAACUGAAACACCAGAGCGAUCAGGUCCAACAAUUAAUCAACCUAUUAACCUAGACGACCAGGAUGAUCCUGCUAAAGUCCUAGAUGGUGGUUUAUUUGGUGAUGAUACAAUGUUUGGAAAGGCCUCAUCUCCAGCUAAAAAGAGUGAAAUUGACGAGAAAACUGCAAAGACCAAAGAUAAGGGUUUGGCAAAUCUUUUUAAGAGACCUGCCGCGUUUCUUCAGAAGUUUUCAAUUCGUAAACUUAAAAUGGGGGCCAUCUUGGAUUUAUUAGAUAUUCUGGGUUUGGAUGAAAGUAAAGCAGCCAUGGCGGAGGUCAUCCUCAAAAUAAAGGAAAUCAUCGAUAACAAACCCUGUUUUAAUCCCUACCAAAUGACUGAUGAUCAGCUACGGACAGAAUUAACUGAGAGAGGUUUAUCUGCUGAAGGUUCCACAAAAACCAUGAUACAAAAACUGACUGCUCCUAACAAAAAAUGUGCUGCUAUGAGUCUGAAUAUGCCUACAGAUAGAAUGUUUUGUACGUUUGAUCAACACUGUCUGGGCAUAGAAUGCUGUGCUCAUCUGAAGGUCUUCAUGUUCCUGAAAACAUACAAGAUCUUCGCUAGAUUUGACCCCUGUGACCUUAUGUUUGUAUUUGGAAUUAAAGACGUGUUUGAGAAAAAGAUUGGACCUUUUGGAGGCUUGUAUGGAAAUCAAGAACUAGUGGUUAAACCUGGAGUUAAGAUUGAUUUACUUGGUGGAAUGGAACUUGUCAUCACUGUAAUCAUCGAGAAGACAGAUUCUGUAGCACUGGGAACAUUGGGUGUAACUUUUUGUUCUAUUGAAGAUGAAGAUAAUUGUCUCCCUUCCUUGAAUAUAUUGGAUGAAACCAUUCUUCCCUUACCAGUCUGUGCACCUGAUGGAAGCUUCACUUGGCCUGAUGUUAAUUGGAAGGAAUACUACAGUAGAGACGCAAUCAAAAAACGCCUUAAAGAAUCAGCCAAGAAACUAGCUGAAGAAGGUAUUGAGUAUGGUAUAAAAGAGGGUCUGAAGGAACUUGGUAUUCCAGAGGAACUACUAGAGGAGACCCCACCCUGUCAACGUCCAGAAAUUUUAACAGAUACUCUGUUAAAGAACCAACUAUCAGAGCUUGGUUUAGUUACUACUGGAACUCUUCAACAACUGCGAGAUAGACUCAGUAAUUCUCAUAAGACCUGCACCAUCCUGGAUAAAACUUUGACACUACCAACUAUUAAGAACGAGAAACUGAAGAAAUUGAUAUACCUUCGAAUUAGUCAGAACUGUCUUCAUCUACAGGCGUGUAUAGACGUUAAAAUACGAUCUAAAUUAUUCAACUUUACCAAAGCAUUUAAUGCUUAUAUAGAACUUGAUGCUUGUAACUUCUUACUCCAUGUUGGAUUUGAAACAUACAAACAUUCUAUUGUCCUGAUCGGUUAUGAAUGGGGAAAAGAAGAAGAACUUCCACUGGGUAAAGCAAUUAACCUCAAAUUUAAAAUAGAUAAAGACAGCAAUAAGAAAGUAUUUAUUGUUGAUUUUGGUGUGCUGAUUAACCUGGGUGAUGAAGAGUCGUCAAUUGAUAGUAAAAUGUUGGAAGGAAUGGAAAUACCUAUACCAAUCUGUAAUGAAAAUUUCACACUACCAGGAGGCGGUUCAAUCGCUGACUUUGCUAAAGAAAUGGGAGGAAAAUUGUCCGAGGCAGCUGUUGAAGUUAUCUUCCAAAAACUUGGAUUAAAUAAAAUCUUUGAUGAAGGUACAUGUAAUGUUCCACCAUCACCAACAGAUUGUCCAUGGAAUAUUGAUGUAGAGAAAUAUCUACCAGCUAAAGUAAAAGAUAAAGUAACUUGUGGAAUGCCUGAUGAUUGUUUUGGUGUAAAUUGUUGCGUUGAUUUCCAGUUUAAAAUACCAUUUAUUGAUGAUCCAGUAGUUAAAAGUGUAUUCAUCUACGCUAAAUUUGACCCGUGUGAUUUCAGACUGGAUGUUGGUUUUGGAAAAUAUAAGCAUUCUGAAAAGUUACUGACCUAUCAAUGGGGUACACCAACCAAGUUAAAAAUAGGAAGUGGAGAUCCUGCGCCAAUUACAUUAACUCUGACAAUAAACAAAUAUACCCAAGGUUUUAUAUUAGAUCUAAGUGUUCUGGCCUGUAUACCAAUAGAUGGCUCAAUGUUCUGUUUCCCAGAAGAAGGUCUAGAUCUGAUGAAAGAUGUUCGUAUACCAGCCUGUGAUGCUAGAGCUCUCGCUAACCUAACUGAUAUAGAUUUUAGUCUGGAAGGUUACUUCAAGGAAAUCGGAGAUCAAGCUGGUCAGAAACUAGCUAAAUCUGCUGCUCAAUUUCUAUUGGAUAAAUUUGGAAUUACUCCAUUUUUAUUGGACGAGAGAUGUGAUGUCAAACGCGAGCCUUAUUCAUCUAGUAUUGAUGGUUGGAGAAAUGAUUGUCCCAAACCAAUCAAAAAGCUGCCCAAAUUACCAAAAGGAUUGAUUUGUCAUAUCGGUGAUACUUGUACUAAGAUUGAUUGCUGUUUUGAUGUUGCUUUCCUAGACAUGUCUUUCCACGCCUUCCUUAAUCUUGAUAUGUGUGAUUACUUCCUGGAGGCGUCAAUCGAGAAGAAACACAUCAAAUAUUCUCUGUUUAAUGAUGAAUAUAAUCUUGAUACAGGAAUUACUGGUGAAGUCAAAAUUUCAGAUUUCUUUGUUGUGACUUUUGGUGUUCGUAAAGUGGAUAAGAAGUUUUUGUUAGAUCUAUCUAUCAAAGUUUGUUUUGAGAAAGAUAAAUGUCAAGAAAAUUACCCAAUAUUAACUGGUACUGAAGUCCCACAGUUUAUCUGUGAUCUGAACGCCAAGUUAGAUUUUAAUCUCAAAAACUUCUCUAUUGCUGAUUGGGCAAAAGAGAAAGGUAUGGAUAUAGCAGAUGGUCUAGCUAAAAAGGCAGUUCAAGUAUUUUUAGAACAAACUGGUAUAGCUGAGAAGAUGUUAGAUCCACCUUGUAAACGUGACAGUUUACAAUAUCAACCUGCUCUUCCUUCCAACUGGAAAAAUGAUUGUCCCAAGAUAACAACGCUACCAGAACUGAAGGCACCAGCUAAUUGUUAUAUACCUGACUAUUGUACUGGUAUUGACUGCUGUCUAGAAAGUGACUUACUGGGAAUUUCACUGAACGCUCAUCUCAAUAUUGAUACUUGUAACUAUGUUAUUGAAGGAGCUAUUGAAAAAAUUGGAUUCAAGAUCGUUAUUUUGGAGUAUGACUGGGGAACUGAAGAGGAAGAAAAGCUGAGCGAAUUUGUAUUUAUCAAAUUUAAGAUUGAUCGUCUGUUAGAACAGAAGAUGUUUAUAGUUGAUUUGUCUAUCAAGAUGUGUUUCAAGGGAGCAGAUAGCUGUGAAAUAGAUCUACCAGUACUUCAACAAUCUCGUAUCCCUAUGCCAUUGUGUAAUAUGGAGAUGGGUUUCAAAAUCAAAGAUUUCUCCUUGAAGAAUUGGCUUGAAGAGAGAGGUGGAGAUCUAACUGCUAUCUUAGCUAAUCAAUUAAUGGACCAACUUGGAAUUACCAAAUAUCUUAAAGAUACACCUUGUAGUUUUGUUCAAGAACCAUUUAAAACAGCUUCAGUAAAUGAUGGCUGGAACAAGGCUUGUCCACUGAACAUGACGUUACCAGCUCUAAAUGAUCGUAUGGCCUGUUAUAUACCUGAAUAUUGUACUGGUAUAACAUGCUGUGUUGAUGUAAGAGAAAUACGGAGAACUUUCCAGGCUCAUCUCUUUAUUGAUACCUGUAAUUAUAUAUUCAGUGUGGGAAUCGAGAAGAUCGUUUACAAUGUAACAUUGGUCGAUUAUGUUUGGGGAACUGAAGAGUCUAUUGAUAUUGGUGGAAUUUUUCAACUCAAGUUUAGAAUUGAAGAUCUACCAGGAGAGAAACAAUAUCUGGUCAAUUUGAAGAUGAGUGCCUGUUUUACUGCUGGAGAGAAAUGUGACUUGGAAAUACCAGUUUUUACUGAUAUGAGAGUUCCUAAAUUGCUAUGUGACUGGGAUGCUACUCUUGCUUUAAAAGAUUUUAAACUGGAUGAAUGGCUAGCUGAACAGGGAGGACAGCUAACAGAUACAAUCAUUGAUAAAUUACUGGAGAAAUUUGGUAUUUCUGCUUACCUUACAUCACCAAUGUGUGACAGAGAUGGUUCCAUUUAUGCACCAGCUGUUCAAGGAUGGAAAAAGGAUUGCCAGCUGAACAUGAACCUACCAGCUCUACCUAGUGAUCUGUCUUGUCAAGUACCUGAUUUCUGUACUGGAAUAGACUGCUGUCUUCAAGUACCAUUCUUAAAACGAUCUUUCCGAGCUGUUGCUAGUAUCAAUAUGUGUACCAAUGUUCUAACUCUGUCCAUUGAGAAAAUAAAACUACAGAAAUCUCUUAUAAAUUACAAUUGGGGACAACCAGAUAGUUUCAAUUUACGAGGCGUCAUAAGAGUAGAUUAUGUUAUCUAUGAUUUAGCUGGGGAUAAACAGUAUUUAUUAGGUUUAAAUAUGAGUGUUUGUCUAAGCUCUGAUAAACCUUGUCAACCUACUGUUACUGUACUCAAUAAUGUUAGAAUACCAAAACUCUUCUGUGAUUGGGAUGCUACAACUGACUUAAAAGACUUUUCGCUGCAGAAGUUUUUAGAAGAACAGAAACAGAAUCUAGGGGAUGCUUUAUCCGAACUGACCUUUUCACGAUUAUUUGAAGCUCUGAAUAUUUCUCAAUAUUUGAUCAGACCACAAUGUAACCGUGCUGGCGAUGUUUAUUCUCCUGCUAACGCUAAAGGAUGGAAAUAUGAUUGCCCAAUUCAAACUCUGGAUUUUGGUAAACUACCAGACUAUGCCACGUGUCGAAUUCCAGAUUUUUGUACUGGUAUUGACUGUUGUGUAACAGUUCCAGUGAUUGGUCGAUCAUUUAACGUUAAAGUCUAUCUCAAUGCCUGUGAUUAUACUCUUACUGUUUCACUGGAAAACCUCGUCUUCAAGAAAACUUUACUGAAUUAUCAAUGGGGUACACGAGAACAGUUCAAUAUUAAUGGUGUUGUGGGAAUAGAGUUCGUUAUUGAUAAUUUAGAAGGUGCCAGACAAUAUUUAAUCAGUGUAUCUGCUACAUUCUGUUUUGAUUCCACUACCGCAUGUUUAACAGUACCAAUAUUAAACAAUGCCAGAGUACCUAAAAUACUCUGUGACUGGGAAAGCGAUUACAGUCUUAAAGAUUUCUCUCUGUCUACAUGGUUAGAAGAACAAGGCAUGGCAGCAGCUAAUGAACUAUCAUCUAUUGUAUUAGCUAGAUUAUUUAAUGAAUUGAAUAUUGCCCAGUAUCUUAAAGAUCCACAGUGUGAUACUACUACCGGUGUUUACACUGGAGCUGUUGGUGGAUGGAAGAACGAGUGUCCUCUUAUAACCAAUCUACCACCUCUAUCCAAUGGUUUAACAUGUUAUAUCCCUGAUACAUGUACUGGUAUCCAGUGUUGUGCUCCAGUUCCUAUACUCAAAAGAUCAUUUGAAGCCUUCAUAUACCUAGACUCUUGCAAUUUCAAAUUCCGUGUUGGUGUAGAAAAAUAUGAAUUUAGUAGAAAUCUGAUCAAUUAUGAAUGGGGAACCAAAGAGAGUUUGUCCAUGCAGAAAUUGGUAACAGCUCAAUUUACCAUAGAUGAUUUGAAUUCUGAGAAGAAAUUUCUUGUAAAUCUGAACAUCAGUAUUUGUUUGGAGAAAGAUAAACCAUGUUUCUUGUCGGUUCCCGUUUUAACCAACACCAAAAUACCCAAAUUGGUCUGUGAUUGGGACAGCACCCUGGCUCUUAAAGAUUUUUCACUAAGUGAUUGGCUUGAGAACCAACAAGCAGCUGGUAUUCAAAGUUUAACAUCUGCAUUGAGAGCCAAAUUAUAUGAAGAAUUGGGAAUAGCUAUGUACAUCAAAUCUCCACCAUGUCUGAAAUCGUCCAGUGUCUUUUCUCCAGCCACCAGCAAAGGAUGGAAAAAUGAAUGCCCCAUAUCAGAAGUGGACAGUCUUCUACCCCAGUUACCAGAUAAUUUUAGAUGUCAUGUUGGAUCGAGAUGUACCAAUAUAGAUUGUUGUAUUGAUGUAGGAUUUCUAGAUACAUCAAUCUAUACUCUAGUAGAUGUUAAUAUGUGUGACUAUACGUUAACUCUGACUAUUGAGAACCUGUCGUACGAACAUAAGCUAUUUGAUUACACAUGGGGUCAACCAAGUCAUUUCUAUCUGAAAGGAGUUGUGAGAGUAGACUAUGUCCUAUCCAAGAUAGAUGCCGAGAAAUCUAUUGAAGUCAGUGUAAAGAUUUCAGUUUGUUUGGCUGAAAAUGAUUGUUUGUUUGAACAACAGAUUUUAGAUAAGAAACGAAUCCCACAACCUUUAUGCAAUUAUAAAGAAUCUUUGGAACUCAGCAGUUUCUCCUUGAAACAUUUCAAACUCAGAGAACAACUACCAAGUGCUGCACAAAUAGCUGACAUCUUCCUGACUAAAUUACUAGAGGAAACUGGUUUAGCUGAUUAUCUUCAACAACCAGGGUGUGAUCGAGAAUCGGCUCCCUACAUCCCAGCAGAUUCUAAAAAUUGGCGAAAAGAAUGCACCAAAUCAAUCACUCUUCCAAGUUUGCCAGAUUCAACAAGAUGUCAUUGGUCAGCUGACUGCUCCACCAUAGAUUGCUGUAUUUACGUUGGUUUGAUAAAACGCACUGUAAAUCUAAAAGUUGAAGUUGAUGUAUGCAACCUAGAACUGACAUUAAAAUUGGGAAAAAUGGAAUAUGUGAUAUCAUUGUUUGAUUAUGAAUGGGAUAAAGAAGAUGUUUUCCAUAUCUCUGGAAGAGUUAGACUAUACUAUAAGUUAGUUAAUUUACCAGCAGAAAAUAAGAUAAAGACAGACUUAAACAUUAAAGUUUGUUUCGAAGAUGAUUCCUGUUUAUUAGACGUACCAAUUUUACAACAAGUUGAUAUUUCAUAUUCUCCGUGUGAUAUAACUAAACCACAAGCAUUUAAAGGUCUGACGUUUGAUUUCUGGUCCUUCAAGUCGUGUCAGUUGAAAACACCACCUUCAAGUUGUCCAGUGACUCUUCCAGCCGCGAUUUCUAACAUCUGUCACCUAGCUGAUAACUGUCAGGGUAUAUCAUGCUGCAUGGGUGUAGAUCUAAAAUAUCUUGGACAGUAUUCACUUGCGGCUUCAUUUAAAUUGGAUCAUUGUCAAAAUAAAUUGACCUAUUCAUUAGAAAACAAGCAAUGGGAGAAAACUCUACUGCCUAUUGCAACUGAUACAAACAUCACAGAAAAAAUCGGAGAGGCAAUAGAUAUAAGCUAUGUUAUCAAAGACGUUGGUAGUGCAUAUGUUGUAUCUGUGGAUAUAAAAUUAUGUGCCCUCAAUACCUAUCAGAAUAUACCGUACUGUAAAUUCUGGUCUCUGCUCGAUGAAGAAUCGUUUGUUAAACCAGGAUGUACUAAACGUAGAAAGAGAAGAAGUGUCAUUAAAGUAACCACUGAAGAUCAAUACGAAGCUACAUUGAAAGAUUUGAUUGGUCGAGAUGCAACCAAUAAAGAAAUUCAAGAUUUCAUGAAUGAAGUCAAAAAUGAUGCUGAUACCAAAAUUGAAACAAACUUAUUCCCAGAUUGGGAAGAUGGCGGACAAGCUAAUACCAUCAGAUCAGCCUUAAAAUCCAUGGGAUCAACCAAUCCAUCUACCAUCUUAUAUCGCUCGGACAAUGGCAAAGUAACUGUUGGAAUGGAAGGAAGUGAAGAGGUGUUUAAGAUAUUAAAUACAAUGUCAGGAGUAAUAGAUGAUGUUGAACAAGCCUUUGUUGUUGGUAAAGGAUUGACAGGAGCUGGUCUUAAACUUCUCGGAGCCAAAUUAGCCAACAUGACCAUUGGUGAAAUCAUGACCUUGGUAGACACUAAAAAUAUAGAUCCAGAGAAGGCAUUAGAACUUGUGAAACAGAUCCGAAAUUUGGCCUCUGCCUUGUAUUCUGAAGUAUUAGAUGCUGUGCUAUCAGGACAAGCUGCUGAUACCUUCAAAUCUUUAGAUUUUACUCUUCAAGGCGAUUUCAGUUUCCCAAAACAGAAUGUGGUAUUGUUUGAAUAUAGUAUCUAUUUCUUGUUGGCUGGUAUUGUUCCCAUGAACUUCAGAUUCGGAGCAGGUUGUACUUACGGAAUGCAGAUUAUAGUUGGUGGCAAGAUCAUGAAGAUGGUAGCAUUUGGUGGUGCAACUCCUUAUGGAGCGGUCCUAACAUUUGGUGAACUGAAUGUUGGUUUUAUACUAUAUGGUGGAUUACGUUUGGAAGGUUACAUUAUGACAACGUCCUUCCCUACACGUGCUGAAAUUGGAUUCUCUAAAUUCCCUCUCGAUAUUGGAUUAACCAUGGAUUUGGAAUUAGUUCCACUGAGAUUACGACUAUUGGCUAUAGUCACUUUGAGAGUCAAGAUAGGCUUCAUUAAGUUCACGAAGACUUUGUUUAAAGCAACAUUAUGGAAAUAUUCAACACCAACUAUCAGAAAACGACUGAUUGAUUUUGGAAAAGUUGAAGAAGAUACCUCGCCACCCUUGUUCGCUGAAUAUACAGAUACAAAGUCCGGAAGACGAAAGCGAGCUGCCGGUUUACCAAUCAACACAGCCACCAGACACUGUUCAGUUCGACAACUGAAAGGUCGGGACCAUACAGAACCAGCUAUAGAGAUUUCAAUUCGUGCUGAAGAUGACAAAAGUCAAGUAAAACUAUUUUUAACUGCUGGUUCAAAACCUGGUCUUGCAGAUGCACUUUCAGAAACACAACUUGGUGGUCCAUCGUCCAUUAUCACCACGAAACUAAAGCAACAUGGUCGACCAAUAUACUUCACCGUGGUGGGUCGAAAUAGUGGUGGCGGGUCAGCGACUGUAACAUGUUCUCUACCGACAUAUGAUGUAUCACUACCUGGUGGACGAUUUACAACUGAAUUUGUCACAUCAAGUAACCCACGAGUACUGAAAGCUUCCGUUGUUGUAUUUGAGGACUCUGAUUUGGAAUAUUCUUCUGUUGGUGUUGGUCUAGGUCGCGGGAUCUAUGGUGAUGAAAUGGAACACUGGAACCCUAUUGACUUGAAGGUUCAGAAUAACAAGGCAUAUGACGCUGCUGCUGAUACACAUGGAUAUGAAGCUGAAGCACAUUUCACCACAUCAAAGUUAGGACGUCUCAUAGCACCUGUCGCUCAGGAAUUUAAUGGCAUCAAUUAUUACCAGGCAUGUUUAAAGAAAUGUUUGGAAUUACCAGAAUCAAAAUGUUUGUCUGUGAAUUAUGAAUUAACUGGUCAUUGUGAACUACUCGAGGCUAUUGAAGGUCAUGAUUAUAAAAUAUCUACAUCAGGGAAAUAUUUGCACAUGGAAAGACUUGGUGUUGGGUUGGCGUAUGAAUUUGCCUAUUCUGAUAAACAAUUACAACACAAUAAACUCUACUACUUCAACUUUGACCUCAAGAAUCAUCUUGGAUUUAGAAACAUCAUCUCUACUAAGGGUAUCUUGAUUGAUACCACAACACCAACUCCCGGAGAAGGAUUAUUUAAUGCCACUACAGAUGAAUUAGAAUUGGUUACUUGCAGAAAAGUAAUACCAAAAGAUAGAACAGAUUGGGCAGCCCGCUGUAUAGAUCAAUCGACUCUUGUUAAAAAUCAUAGAACUAUGAUAGAUGGUGAAGGAUCUAACACUGUCUUUAAUGGUCACACUCCAUUGUUAGAUAAGAAAUAUUUCAGAGCUAAUAGAUACAUGUCAGGUAACUGGGAUGGUAUUCAUGAUAAAGAGACAGGAAUCCAUGGUUAUUCAUUUGCUGCUGGUCAUUCAAUAUGUGAAGAGACACUUGAUGAACAUAAAGAUCCUCAUGCUCAUCUUUAUGAUGAAUCUGAAUGGACUCAUACUGGAAUUAUUAAACGUGAUGAAAACGACCCUAUUCCAGAUGGUAAAUAUUACCUAACUGUAAGAGCUUUAAAUAAAGUAGAAUACGGUGGACCAUUGGUAACAUCAUUCUGCCAUUCUACACCUUAUGUUAUUGACAACUCAGUUCCGUUCGUACAUGAAGUAUUCAACGUUCGUUAUGAUGAAGAAUCGGAAGAUUUGUCUGCUGAAUAUAAUGCUACUGAUCCUGAAUCUGAUGUAAGGGAAGUUGAUAUCUGUCUGGGAAGAACAACUAAAGAUUGCUCCAUUAAAGACUGGGAACGAUAUCCACAUUCUGGAGAAGUUAUCCACAAUACAGAAUUACCAGGAGGUAUCCCAGUCUGGGUUAAAAUCAAGGCUUGGAAUAAUGUGAACAUCUCAGCUCUCAGAUCAGCCGACCAUCCUCUUAUUUUGGAUAUAACGCCACCAAUAGCUGGAAAAGUCUAUGAUGGUCCUCUUUAUAAACACGAUUUAAUGUAUACCAAGGACAGCAACAAGAUUUGUGCCAACUGGGUAGAUUUUUAUGAUCCAGAAUCCGGCUUAUCAUAUUUCUCGGCUUAUGUUCGAGCUUCUGCUAAUGAUAUGUAUCUAACCAAUGGAACAGAUUUUGACCAUCGAACACAUCAAGCCUGUAUUGAUUUAGAUGAUGGUGUACUAGAACAUGGCAAGAAAUACUAUAUCGAAUUAUGGGCUUAUAAUGCUGGUCAUAAACAACUCAAUGUAUCUGGACGAUCUGAUGGAGUAACGGUUGAUCUGACCAUACCAGUCACAGGUGAGGUUGUUGAUGGUAUAAAACCGAAUAUGGAGGAUAUCGAAUUUAGUGCUGCAACCGCCACAAUCUCAGGACAAUGGAAAGGUCAAUAUGAUCCCGAGUCAAGUAUCAAAUCAUAUGAAAUUCAAAUUUUGAGGGCAAAGAACAUAUCUCAAGAUUUUGAAGUUCUUCGGGAUUGGCAUGAAUUAGAUAACGACACUCAGUCAAUUGAAUGGCACAACUUCCAUCUUCAUCAUCGUGAUAAUGUUAAACUUAAGCUAAGGACUACUAAUGGAGCUCUGGGUAGAAUUGUCGAGGAGACUGAUGGAUAUGUUGUAGAUUUGACCCCACCUUCUUUAAUUUAUUUAAAUGAUGGAGGUCAACAAACCAAGGAUAUUGAUUACCAGUCAUCUAAAGACAGUAUAUCAGUCAACUAUAAAUUUAUUGAUGAAGAAUCUGGAAUAGAUCAUUAUAAAUAUCAAGUUUACCAGCUUUUCCAAGGAUCAAAGCACCAAAUAUAUCCAGCUGAUGGAGAAUGGAUUGAUGUUAAGGACGCAACAACAGAUAAUGUGAAGGUUACUUCCAUAGCCUUGAAAAAUGGAGCUAGAUACAGUGUUCGAAUGAGUGCUGUAAAUAAAGCCAAUGCUGUGGCUACGUUUGAUACAAAUGGGUUCCUUUUAGACGAUACACCGCCUGAGAUGCGUUGGUUACAUGUUGGAGUAUUUAAUGGUGAAAUAGAAGAAGAUAUUGAUGGAGAAGUAUUACAAGCUGAUAAAACUGGUAUCAAAGCCUCGUGGUUUGCUACUGAUGAUGUCAGUGGUAUUAAAGAUUACUCCGUGGCAGUUGGUACCACACCAGGCGGACAAGACAUUCUAGCUUGGAAGAGUUUUAGUAAUAAACGUGAUGGCUACAUAGAUGGACUCAAUCUGCAAAUCAAAACUGCCAGUUCUCCAUACUAUUAUGUCUCUGUGAAGGCUGAGAAUGGCGCAGGACUGGAAAGUGGGGUGAUAACAUCUACUCCUAUUAAAGUGGUUGAUGAAGAUAAAGCAGGAAUUGUUCUUGAUGGAGCUGAAGGAACAGAAGGAAGUCCCAGUGUAGAUAUUGACUACCAGUUAGAAACAGGAACUGUGACUGUUCAGUUCUCUGGAUAUGAAAGUGCUCUCCAUGGCAUCUCAAGAUUCGAUUGGGCAGUUGGUACCACAGCUGGUGGAGAAGAGGUACAGCCCUUUAUGGAAGCUAGUUUGAUACAUAAAGAGGAAGCUGAUCUUCCUGGUAAUGGUAUUGCCAGUUCUGGAUAUGGUCAAGCCAUUCUACCACAAGAGUCUGGUGUAAAGUACUAUGCCACUGUACGAGGUAUCAGUAACAUUGGAAAUGUUCUCGAAUCUACUUCUGAUGGUUUUACAGUUGAUAUUUCACCACCGAGUAUUACUGUACAAAGCUUGUCUGAAGUAUCAGAGAAAAUGAAAUUAGAACCUGGUAUGAAGAUCUACCAAGCAGAAGUGGAUUCCAUCUCAGCUGAUUGGUUGGUCCAGGAUCUGGAAAGUAACGUGACCAAGAUGUUCUAUUCUGUUGGAACCUAUCCUGAUGGUGCUGAUAUCAAAUCUGCUGCUGAAGUUUCCGUUUUCCUGAACGGAGAAGGCUCACUUCCUGUUGGAGAUGCUAAACCCACAGCUGAUGGUAAACCAAAUAUUAUUAAUUUCUGGGCUGUUAACAAUGUCGGUCUAACAGGAAAGGUAUCGUCAGCCACUCUGAUUGUUGAUACCACUCCACCAAGUGAAGGCGUAGUCACCUGUCCGUCAUUCAUUCAGCCUCAUACAUCAAUGAAGUGUUCCUGGGAUGGUUUCAUAGAUAAUGAAAGUCCAAUUGUUGAAUUUACUUUUGGUUUGGGAUCAAGAGAAGGAACUACUGAUGUCAUCGCUCCAGUAUCUCUUCCAGGAUAUACUACCUUGCAUCUAGUGGACAAUCUGCUUGGAGGCGUAACCCAUGGAAAGAAAUAUUUCGCUAUUGUGACAGCGAAAAAUGCAGUGGGUAAAACAAUAUCAGCUGUAUCGGACAGUAUCAGUGUAGAUGUUACACCACCAGUUGUUGGUCAAGUUGUCGAGUUGAGAACAGAAUAUAUUAUUAACGUUACUAGUGAUAGAUCUACAUCAGAACUCAAUACUCAUAGCUGUAACUCAAAGGACGAUUGUGAUAAGAUAGAUGCAGUCUGUCAAGAAUCUCUUACUUCCAUCAACGUCGCCUGGUCUCAAUUUACUGACCCUGAAACUAAGAUUGUCAGGUAUGAAAUUGCAGUAGGAACAACUCCAGGUGGAGGUCAAGUUAAACAGUUCUUCACAGCAUCUUUAGAUAAACGAUACAUGACCAUCAAAAAUCUGGCUCUCAAUGGAUUGAAACAGGUAUAUGUAACUGUUAAAGCCACUAACGCUGCAGGGUUGAGUACAGUUGCGACCUCUAAUGGUGUAUACAUAUCCUACGUCAGUCAAGGGAAGGAACCUCUGAAACCUAUUGGUGUUUGGGAUGGAGAUACGCUUGAUGGAGACAUUAAUUUCCAAACAAGUCUUGAUACAAUAACAGCAAGAUGGGACGUGACUGGUGAUCCUUGCCCUGCCAUGAAAUUGGAAUGGUCUAUAGUCAGAAUAGAUGGUUUGGUUGUCCAAAACUUCACAGAAAUUCUAGGAUCACAAGUUGCAGUAAAUGAUAAACUCUCAAUGAAGAAUGGAGAGAGAUAUUACGUUUUACUACGUGUAACAACAUCAUCCGGUUAUAGCUAUAUCCUACGUUCUAAUGGUGUGACUAUUGAACAAGAACCAUUAAUACCAGGACAAGUCAAUGAUGGUGAUGUGGUUGGAUUCGAUUUGAACAAGAUCUACACUCAAAACAAAGCGUCUGCUAAUUGGGGUGGAUUUGGUAUUCCACUCAACGGUGACUCUGCUCCAGUUGAGAUUGAAUCAGGUAACCCAGGAGUUGGUGUCACGGGUGAAAAUAAAAACCAAGAGAUCUUGUAUUAUGAAGUUGCUUUAGGAAAAGAUCGACGAUUCCCCAAAACUCGGGACAAUGUGGUACCAUUUACUAACGUCGGUCUGAAUACAUCGGUGACCUUCUUCGAUCUUAAGUUAUUGCCCUUGACAGCUACAUAUUACUUCACUGUCCGAGCUACCAGUAAAUCACUAGCUGUUGCUGAAGUUACUUCCAAUGGUUUCCAAGCUGGUUAUAAUCAUGGUGUAUUAGCUGCCUCCAUAGUUAUGCCAGAAUACAUCAAGAAUAACACAGUUAUAGAUAUCCAAUGGAAUGAAUUUCAAUCUAAAGUUGGUAUGAUGAUGUACUAUAUUGCCAUAUCGUCUAAUAAUACAGUUACUGAGGACCAAUGUCGCCAAUUUAUCGAGGGAGGUGAUAUGACUGAAGAAGGCAGAAAGAAGGUAUUUGAUAUUAGAGAUGUAGAAAAUGUAGGAAAGGAUACCUUUAAACAACUAACAGAUAGAAUUCUAGAACAGGAUCAUGGAUACUACGCCACAGUUAUAGGUGUUGAUAAAGCUGGUGAUUGUAAUUUAACGACAUUCGCCUUCCACGUGGACAUCACUCCACCAGUUAAAGGUCUGAUCAAGGUCGGACCAUAUUACGGCAUGAAAAUGUCGUAUGCUGCCUCCUCAGAAUCUGUAACGGUUGAUUGGAAAGAUUAUAUAGAUGAUGAAUCUGGUAUCAAAUGUUUCCGAGUCAGUUUAAUUGAACAAUCAACAUGUGAAACUGGUGCUACAAGAACCACCAUCGUCAAACCAAUAGAAAUCAAUGGAAAUUAUACAGCUUAUGAAUUCUUGGGGCUUUAUCUACAACCUUCAAGACCCUAUAUAGUGCAUCUUGAAGUUGAAAAUAAUGCAGGGUUGAAAAUUAAAGCAGAGACAGCCCCUGUAAUUUAUGAUACCACUAAACCAACUGGUGGUCAUGUUGUUGAUGGUACGAACUUCAGACAAGAUGUUGUGUGGAUAAAUUCACUAUCUACUGUUACAGGAUCUGUUCUGUACCUACCGUCACCAGAUGGACCAUCGUGUCCAAGUAGAAACAUCAAAUUUACAGAUUCAAGCUGGAAACGCUUCAAGGCUGAACAAAACUAUGAUAGCAAAGGCAACAGACUCCAACUGGAAUAUCGCGAUGGAAAUGUAUUGACCAAUCCUGAUAGAGACAAUGAAUUAGAGAUCAAACUAGCCAGAGAUGUUAAAACUGACACUAUGUUUACUGGUGGUUAUUAUAGAGAUGCUGAUAUGGUCAAUGGCGGAACUUAUGAGGUAAAUCUCCAAGCAGCAGAUGGUAAAGGCAAAGCCGUUACCUCUAUAGUAUUAUGGGAUGGACCAGAAUCUGUUAUUGUAGAAUAUGACUAUACCAAGGAAGUUGAUUGGACUUUGGGCGUCUGUUCUUGUUGUAAAGUUGAUCCAAAUGAUAAUGAAUGUCUUAAAGUAUGUAACUGUAAGGAUUUCCUUGAAGCAAGAAACAUUGUGAAGCGUUCAACAGGAGCCAAUGAUACUAACAAACCAGACUAUGUCAAGGAUCUCACAGAAGAACAGAGAGCAGAACUGAUGCUGGAAGAAACAGCAGGAGACACUGGCGAUGUACAGGCUGUUCAAAUUCCAUCUUAUAGAUCUUGUGGAAUCCAGAUCUUGGCAGGUGAUGCCCAGAAGUUGAUAACAUGGUGUCGCUUCAAAGACAAUCUCAACCAACCAAUGAAAGCAGAGAGAAAGUUGACCUUUGACCCAUCAGCAUCUGUCAAUAAUUACAGAUUAGAAUUCAACAUCCUGCAGGAAGAGGCAACCGGGGGUACUUGGUGUCUGAAUGUUUAUGUUAAUGAUGACGAAAUAUCCGAACUUUGUGGAAUACCAGAACUUUCAGUUGAAACGAAACUCUUCCUUCACGUCUGGAACUGGAAGAACUAUCUGCCUCCAUUACCAACUAAAGUUGAAGACAUGUUUGAACUGUGGUCAACUAAGGCCAUAUUUACAGACCUCAUUAUGCCACCAGAAAGUAAUGCCAUAUGUCGCCUUGGUCGACCAUUCCGUGGUGGUAAGAAUGCCGUUGUGAAAUUUGAAGCAGGAAUUGGUACGAGAGUUAACAGUGAUAAUGUGGUGCCCUUCAGAGAGGUAACAAGACCAUGUAUUCCAUGUCAGACACCGUGUGAUAGAUUUGAAUGUCUACCACCAUGUAACAGUCAAAAAGUGACUCAACAUAAUCUUAAACUGAACAAUUUGGAGCUAAAUGCCACAGAAAUAGUGAAUGGAACUGAAAAAGCUAUACAUUACCAUUUCACAGUGAAAGCUGUUCUUGGCUCAGGAAUGAGUGUAAUAUCUUCAUCUAAUGGUUUCUAUGUUGAUGUUACUCCACCAGAGGUCUUUGAAGAAACCUUCCUAUAUAUUGAUGUAUACCAGGGUAAUUUUACUCCCGUGUCCUACCAAGCUUCUAAUGACACCAUCAGAUCCAUUUUCCUCUGUGAAGAUACAGAAAGUUUGAUAGUGGAGUAUCAAUGGGCUAUAGGAACUACACCAGGAGGACUGGAUAUUCAAGAGUAUGUAUCAACUGGUAUAAAUCCUUCAGGAACCAACAGAAAUCUGUUAGGAAUAUUGGAAGAUAAUUCUACCUACUAUGUUUCUGUCAAAUGUAGAAAUGGUGCAGGCUUAGAAACUGUCUACAAUGAACAGAAAGGUGUAACGGUGUUGCUGAACGCUCCUGAUAUCGCUGAUAUAAAUACCAACAUCACAGGUGCUGAGCCAUUUACAGAGAAAGUUUCACCACCUACUGCUAUGAAAUCAACAGAUCCAAGUUCCAUUGGAUGUUCCUGGACUGUUAGUGCUGAUCCCUCUAUUAGAGAAUAUGAUUUUGGUGUUGGUAGUACAGUAGAUCCUUGUGACGAUAUAUUCCCAUUUACUUGGGUUGGUUACAAUGUGUCUGGAGAAGUCGCAAUCAAAGAUGGCUGGUUACAGAUCAAUGGGGAAAAGGUUGAACCAAUUGGUGCCUAUAACCCGAAUCAAACAGACACAAACGACACUUCCACUGCUACCACUGGUUACAAGAUGGAACCUGGAAGAACUCUGUUCUUGUGUAUGAGAAUGUGUAACGAAGCUAGACGCUGUACUGUUAGAAAUGUCGGUACUUCUAUCAUUGUUGACGCUAAUUCCAAAAUGGCCACCUCUACAAAUGGUGAAAGUGUUGAAGUUAGUCUAGGAUCUUCCACCGGUAGAAAGAAACGUGCUGUCACAGAUGUUGUUAUUAAAACUCCACCGGGUCUACAACCAGGUCAGACCAUCAUGGAAACAGAACUGACUACAGUUCAAUUAGAGGCCGAUUAUAGAUCUGAUGCUAGUACAGAAUUUAUAUCAUAUAUAACAAACCCUGCCACUACGUUGACUCAAUCUCGAUAUCUUCAUAGAUUACUUCUCAAUAGAUUAAAUCCCAACGCAGGAGAUAAAUCGUUCAGUGUAACAUCAGUUGGUAAUCUUCCUAUGCCUGGUCCACUAGAAUUCACCAUCAAAUACAAUCCAGCUACAACAGAUGCUGAUAAACAACCUAUGUUGAUACAUUGGAAUCCAGCUAAAUCAAUAUGGGAACUCAGUAAAAGAACAUGCAAAAAUGAAGCAAACACAGAAAUAGUUAAUGAGACUACAGGAGAAAUUAAGAUUAAGGUAUGUGAUACAUGGAGUUCAGAUGAAACUGUAACCACCAGAACAAAACGAGCUGUAGGAAAAGAUGCAUAUUUCAAAAGAGAUACACAGUUUAUGGUAACUGAUGUAUUACGUAAAAUACCCAACACUCCACCACAGUUAGCUCCUGAUGUACCCAGACAAUUCACCAUGAUAGAAGAUGAAGGAACUAUCGUGUAUCAAUUGAAGGUGGUAGACCCAGAAGGAGAUGAAGUUGUGUAUUCAUUUGGUUCCACACCGUCAGCAUCACUUGGCAGUGUGAAUCUCACAGCUAAAGGAUUACUAAUGUAUUUACCAUGUAAAGAUUGUUCAGGAGAAAUAGAAGUUCCUGUUAAAAUAACAGAAGUACAAUCAGAAGAAAUACCUCCAGAAGAAACCGAAGAGACGUUGAAGAUCGUAGUAACUGAAGCUAAUGAUGCCCCGACGGUUUUUGCUUUGAAAAAAGAUAAAAGCUUAUUGCUAUCAGAUCCUACAGAAACUGUCGUGCUCCUGAUGGAACAGAAUAGAUUAGGUUUGAAUGAUUCUCACCAAUAUUCGUGGACAUUCGGUGUAUAUGAUGUGGAUACCAGCGAUAAACUUAGAUUAUUUAUUGAUCGACCUAAAAAUGGUUCACUCACUAUCAGUCCGGGGUAUGAAAAUACUCCAAGUUGCGGAAUUGAAGCGAAGGAAUCAAGUCUACCGUGUAACAGAAUGUCCCUACCACAUCCUGUCAAUCAAAUGAAGUGGUUAUAUUAUACAAUGACCUAUGAACCUGAAGAAGGAGUAUCUGGCUAUGACGACAUAAGGAUGUUUAUUACUGAUGAUGCCGGAACCAGCUCUGAUGUUGUCAGUAUUAGAAUGGCCAUGAUGAUGAUGCCUUGUCUGAAUGGAGGAACUUGUCAACCAAAAUCCUCUGAUGCUACAUAUACCUGUGAGAAUUAUCGUCGAGCUGAGAGUUUUGAUGAUCACUAUUCAUGUAAAUGUGCAGAUGGUUGGGUUGGUUCAAGAUGCCAGGACGACUAUGAUGAAUGUACAAGUUCUCCAUGUAGCUGGCCGUAUGUUUGUUAUAACUAUGAGAAUCGCUAUGAAUGUGCCUGUUCUCAAGAUGAACCUAACUGCGAUGGACUGGUUGGUUGGAUGAUUGCUUUGAUAGUUAUUGGUGUACUGUUAAUGAUGGCAAUCAUUGCCUUGAUUUGUUACAUCUGCAUGGUUAGAAGAGGUCGGGUCAAGUGGUCUAAGUUUUUCAAUCGCUAUGGAUCAAAUAAUUCAAACCAUUCUAGUGACGAUGACAAGAAACAGAUUACCUUUGAUAACAACGCGUAUAAUCUUGACAAUGAAGAAGAAUAUCCUAGGUCUCGGUCAGGAUCAAGUCAAAUGGUGAUGUUUAAUAGACGAUAUCAAUAUGAUGGUUUAAAUGGGCCAAUGAGAGAACAGGAACUAAUUGGUGUACCAUCUAUGAAUAGUAGUCCUGCAUCGAGUGGUAUAAAUGGUAAUGGUAGAAAAGCCUCUUCAUCACAAGGCAGUCACUUUGGACCAAGUACGUUUGAGAUGUCCCGCAGUUCACCUAAGGGUGAAAGACUUCCCCAAGUUAGACUAGUGACCCCGCCCAGGGAACAGUUCGAGGUUCAAACACCAUACAAGGAAACAGUACCAUAUCCAGAUUAUAUAGAUUAA